GCCAGUCCGUCCCCAAACGUAGUCUCGCGCUGCCUGGUGUGUGUCACGAGCUCACGUCUGCGCUUGUUGCCCCUUUAAAAAUCAGAAUUGAAGGCCAAUGAUUUAUCAAAGCCCUAUUAUCAAGAAAAUGUCAUGCGAAGGGUACCUUGCCAUGCACUGACGCAAACCCGGUCUUUCCCACGGAGAUAUAGAAAGCUUUGCACUUUGCACAGCCAAACUCAGUCUGCCUGCCGUCCUUCCAGCUGUUUUCUGCUAUUAACCCACAUUUGUUGACUCUGCACAAAUGGAUUUUUCUGAGCACGGGGAAAUGUUGAGACAGCCGUCAAACAGCGUUCCGCCUCAGCCCUCAGGGGGAACGGUUGGAGCUACAACUAAUACCAAACCGGAGAACAGCAAGCCGGCGCCCCCGCCGCCGCCAGUAAAUGAACGAAAAACUUUUUGUCCCUCGGAAAAUAAACCGUGCGAUAUGGAAGCCAACAAAGCAUACGGGACGUUUAAAAACACUGCACCUGGACCCACGUUUGCUGGCGUUAACUCUGCCGUGCGCAAGGAUUCCGUCGGUAAAAUGGAUGCAUCGACCGGUAAAGCAACGACGGACUUCAUGUCUAACAAUCAAAGUGCUGUAAGGAUCGCGGCGGAGCAUAACAACAGCACCGGUGACUGGACCUCCAUGAGCCAGACCACCAUCAUACUGGGUACAGAUGGCAAUACAUCUGUUCUGCCUGGCACGGUGACCGGGCCCCCUACAGAUGAUACUGGACGGUUGUUCCAGGACGAUGAUGAUGAUGAUGGAGGAGAUGAGAAUAAGGCUCGGGGAAACUGGUCCAACAAGCUGGACUUUAUUCUGUCCAUGGUGGGAUAUGCCGUGGGCUUGGGAAAUGUAUGGAGAUUCCCAUAUCUUGCUUUCCAGAACGGGGGAGGUGCGUUUUUGAUACCUUACCUAAUCAUGUUAGGCCUCGCCGGUAUACCUAUAUUUUUGUUGGAGGUUUCGUUGGGUCAGUUCGCCAGCCAAGGCCCGGUGUCGGUGUGGAAAGCGAUUCCAGCUUUACAAGGUUGCGGGAUUGCCAUGUUGAUAAUAUCUGUCUUGAUAGCCAUAUACUAUAAUAUUAUUAUGUGCUGGACAUUGUACUACCUGUUCGCUUCGUUGAAGGAGACACUGCCAUGGGCCACCUGUAAAAAUGAAUGGAACACCGUCGAGUGCAAAGACAAAGACAUGCUGCUUUUGGACACGUGUAUUCUAAGAGACCGAAACAUCACGUCCAUCAAGAACACUACGUUCUGUUUAUCUGCAAAUGCGGUUGGGAAUUUAAGUAAACUGUUAAAUGUCACAGCGGACAAUAAAACCUAUGUCAGCCCUAGUGAGGAGUACUUCAAGUAUAAUGUGUUGCAUAUUUCGAAGGGUAUUGAAUAUCCAGGGGAUAUCCGCUGGCCACUGGCUGCUUGUCUGUUUCUGGCUUGGCUUAUUGUUUAUGCCUCUUUGGCUAAAGGGAUCAAGUCCUCGGGGAAGGUGGUGUAUUUCACUGCUACGUUCCCAUAUGUGGUGUUGGUCAUCCUGCUGAUCAGAGGAGUCACUCUGCCUGGAGCCGGUUCUGGGAUUCUUUACUUCAUAACACCCAAAUGGGAAAAACUCAACGAUGCUAAGGUUUGGAAAGACGCAGCCACGCAGAUUUUCUUCUCUCUGUCUGCAGCCUGGGGUGGACUGAUAACCCUGUCGUCCUACAAUAAGUUUCACAACAACUGUUACAGGGACACUCUCAUUGUGACGUGUACAAACAGUGCCACCAGUAUAUUUGCCGGUUUUGUCAUUUUUUCAGUUAUUGGCUUCAUGGCUCAUGAGCUCAAAGUCCCCAUUGAGAGUGUGGCAGAUGAAGGUCCAGGAAUCGCAUUUGUUGUGUAUCCAGAGGCUCUGACCAGGCUUCCCUUGUCACCUUUCUGGGCCAUCAUCUUCUUCCUUAUGCUACUUACACUUGGCCUGGACACUAUGUUUGCCACCAUCGAGACCAUAGUGACAUCUGUCUCUGAUGAGUUUCCCAAAUACCUGCGCAAACACAAGCCUCAAUUCACAUUAGUAUGCUGUUUGUCCUUUUUCGUGCUGGGUUUCCCUAUGAUCACUGAGAGUGGGAUGUACAUGCUUCAGCUGGUGGACACAUUCGCAGCUUCUUACUCUCUCGUCAUCAUCGCCAUAUUUGAACUGGUUGGAGUCUCUUACAUUUAUGGUCUACAACGGUUUUGUGAGGACAUUGAGAUGAUGAUUGGGUUUCAGCCAAACAAGUUUUGGAGAGUCUGCUGGGCUUUUGUCACUCCAACCAUUCUCACAUUUAUUUUAGCAAUUAGUCUGUACCAGUGGAAGGUGAUGACAUAUGAGGAUUACACUUAUCCAAACUGGUCUAUGGUACUCGGCUGGCUUAUGGUCAUCUGUUCUGUUAUAUGGAUUCCCAUCAUGUUUGCUAUUAAGAUGCAUCUUGCUCCUGGAUCGUUAAUUGAGCGUCUGAAGUUGGUGUGUUCUCCUCAACCCGACUGGGGUCCGUUCCUGAUGAAACACCGUGGUGAACGCUACAAGAACAUGAUUGACCCUCUUGGCACGAACUCCCUCGGCCUCAAGCUCCCCCCCAAAGAUUUCCAGCUAUCAGCCCAAUAUCAAUAAUCCUCCUCCUUCCCUGUGAGUGUGAAAUAUCCCAAGACCUCUGAGGGUGAGACCAACACUCACACCAAACUCUUCCCAUUCAACCUCCCCUUCUAUCCAUAGCGCUCUCUUUCAGCCAUAUUCCCCCUCUUCCGGCUCGUUCCAAGGGGUCUUUCAGGUGGAAAGCACAGAAACUCCAAUAAUUAGUGGGUUUUUUUUUUGGUUUUCUGGAUAAUUCUAGUCGGUUUGAGAGUGGAGGUCUAUCAUGCGCAUUCGAUCCCAGCUGAAUCAAUUCUCAGAGGCAAUAUAAUGAUGCAGUUGCAACUGUUGAGGCAAUAUUUGACUGACUGUGCAUCAUGCAGUGGUUGUUUUUUUAAUUUAUUUUUCAUUCUGAAGUGACUGCUGAUGUAAAAAAAAAAAAAAGAGAGAGAGAGAGAGAACAAAAAUGAUGAGAAUAAUAUUUAUAUUUAUGGACUAUUUGCUUGUCAUCUCUUAAAUACAGCAACAUCAUUGAAAUAAGCUGCUGAGUAGUGCACAGUGAAUUUGAACUCUUUUCUGGUAUCGCUCUCCACUCGUGUCCACUUAUAGCCGUACCUUGUGCCUCAGACUUCCUCUAUUUAUAAAAUACUGCAUAGUAUAGUGCUAAUUAAACCAAUCAUACUACAUUAUGGAGGGAAGUGAGCGCAUUUCAGUCUCUGUGAAUUAUACUACUCUUUCUUACUAAAAAUAUCUCUACAUAAAGCUAUCCGAAAUAUCUUUACACUGUUAUAGAAGCCAAACUCAUAGCAUAGGUUUCCAGUAGUAAACAGUAGAUCCAUCCCUUUCUUCAGAGAAAACUUAGCCAUGCAAAACUGUAAUAAUACCUUUCAGUGUUGUUUAGAGUAGCACUCAACAGCCAACUAGCAGUUAUGUAUGUAUACUAAUAUUUAGAGUAUGCUUUCGAGUAUGUGUCGUGAUCUGUUGUGAAUCCUCCUGUUCUUAUGCAGUACACAGUUCUAGUGGAGCACACAAAAGAAAAGAUGAGGAAAAACUAAGGAGUGUGGUGUUUGUGUGAUAAUUCUGUUAAAUAAAAUUAUAUUUUAGAUCUAGGUGAUGAUAUUUUUUAACAGUUGCUUGCAGAGGAUAUGUAGAUUAGGAUGAAAAAGCUAAUGUCAUGUGCUUUGGGACCACACUCCUUUUGUUUUUGGUUGUGGACGUCAUCCAUCUCUGUUUGUCUGUUUGUCUUCAUGAAACAGGGUCUCAGGUAUUACUCCUUCCAUCAAAUGUAUCGUAUGUCGGAUAACAGCUUGUGGAAGCUUCAUUUUUCUUUGUGGUGUAAUUAUAUAACCGAUACAUAAAAGUGCAUAUUGUUCAGAAUAUAAGGCCAUAUAUUGAGAAACUGAAUCCUUACGUAUAUUAUUAGUGUCCUGUUUCCAGAUAUUGGACUGUAAAUAUGGUUACAGAUAUAAUGUUCUAGUAAUAUUGCUUUGGCAACAUGCGAUUACAAAAAGCACUUUGAGUAAACAUCAUGCAAAAAUAGGUGGUUGCUCUUUAAAAAAACCACAAUGGUUAAAAAAGCCUAAACUUAAAAGCAAGUAGUAUUUUAAUUUUUUUAUUGUUUUUUGGUUGGUUGGUUAAAAAUGUAUAUCUGAAUGAUAACUACUGUGAAUAUAGUUUAGAUAGUAUUACAAAUUAAGAAAGCCACACUGCCCACGCAAUAACCAGAAUAAUAACUUUGCCUGGGAGUGAUGUGUUUCAAAAGCCAUGUAUGCAGAUACUACACUAAUCACCUUGAAUAUUCAGCAUUUAUAAAACAGAACAAAGGUGUUCCUCAGUAUAUUAGUGCCGCAAAAGAGAUGCUUUUUCAGAUACAUGUUUAAUCUCUGUGUAGUAUACGUUUAUGUGUGUGUGUGAAUGUGUGGAAAUAUAUGCAGCGUUUCAUGUUACAGUAUAUAUAUAUAUAUAUUUAUAAUAAUCCAACCAUCCAGACAUGAUCAAAUGCAGCCUGGUAGUCAGUUUGAGAUCCACAUUGGACUUUGUUUGUAUGCACUGAAAUUGCUAUUCAGAAUUUAUAUACAGUAUUUUCCAGAAUAUUAAUUGCAUUAUUAUAAUCUGAAUAGUGUGUUAAGUCUUGUUACUGAUAACUGUAACAAUAAAAGAAUAGUUAUAAAAAUCUUUAUUAAUUUUAUUAAAAUAAAAAAAAUAUAUAUAUGGCAAGAGUCAACAAUACAGCUGUAAUGACAGGAACAAUUCUAGAAUUAUCUUUAAACUGUUUUUCCCCUCAUGAGCACAAGAAGCAAGAACAGCCAAUCAGAAUCUAUUCUCCUUUGAAAGCAUAAACUUCAAAAAGAAGGGAAUGCUAACACACUGACGUUUGUCAUUCAGGUCUUUAAAGGUAUUUUUCUGGAAAAUACAGUACUUAUUUUUAAAAAGUUACACUCUUAAAAAUAAAGCUUCUUUAUUGACAUUAUGGGUUCCAAACUCUUAAAAAUAAAGGUGCCGUGAAGAACCAAAUUGGGGUUUUCCCCAGAGAUGCCAUAAAAGAACCUUUUUUGGUUGGCCAAAGACAUUUUUAGUGACGUUCUUCAAGGGUCAAUUUUUUCAUAGUGUUCUGAAUAUUUUCAUAAUCUAAAGAACAUUUUCCACUGUAGAGAUAUGCCAGUAAAAAAACCCCUUUAAAGGGCACCUAUAAUGAAAAUCAUCUUUUGUAAGCUGCUUGGACAGAACUGUGUGUAGGUAUAGUGUGUCACAGUCAUAUUGCGGUGAUAUAAAGACAUUAAGUCUCUUUUUUUUUAAAUUUCCUGACGUAUCCAAAUCCCUCCCGCUUUGAGGCCCACCUCAACAUGACAUAAGAGUGCGGUUUCCCUGCCCAACGAUUUGAUUGACAGCCAUGUAUUAACAUGUCUCUCAACUGGGAUAAAAAGAUCUGUUCAGCUCGCUGUGAUCAUCAUCAAAUGUGAUCAAGAAUGAGUUUAAAACAUUUCUAAAACAGUGCAUGUAAUGAUUUACAACGAUUUUACCGUCUUUACUUUAAUCACCACAGUCGCAUGUCAGUACAAUUAUAAAAGAAGACGCCUCAAUCCCAGUUUUUGGACGUUAAAUGUUAAAUCAGGUUUAUUUUGUACAUGAACAUAACAGAUAUCCAUACAGCAGUGGAUUUUAACAUGUAUCCUGUCACAUUUGUCAUGCAAAAACUUUGUGUGUCCGCUGUGUGUACGUGAAUUUGUAACGACAUUGUGUGUGACUCAUCACAGAAAGGCUUGAAUUAACUCCACAACAAAUACAUCAAAUUAUCAUUGGGAAAGUUCUUACUGUAGUAUUUCUCACAAAUGUUACAUGAAAUUUGCUUACUUCAUUUUUGUCACUGUGAUGUUUAUCUGAUGCAGUGAGAGACUGAGGCACACUCUGACAGGCACAUGGAAACGGUGGGCGGAGAGAACUAGUAUUAAAGGCACAGGCUACAAAAACAGCUACAAUGUGUUCAGAACAGUAAAUUCCAAUAUUCUGAAAGGUGUAAUAAAUAAUCUGUUGGGUGUUUUGAGCUGAAACUUUACAGACACAUUCUGGAGACAUAAAAGACUAUGCUUUUUCUUUCACAAAAGGUUCUGUAUAUGUCGCUAAAAAACAUUUUAAUUGGAUUUUAAAAGUGGCUCUUAAUAGAAAUGUUUGCUAAAAAAAGACCUUUCUAUUUGGGAAGCUUUAUUUUAAGAGUGUAUCAUGCGUAGCACAACAGCAACAAAAUAUACAAAGCACAUUUUAAUAUCUGAACUGUAAACAGCUGCUGUGAUCAUUAUUAUCGUAAUAUUUAAGGUUCUGGAUGGAGUUUCUGUUAGUCCUUGUGUUGCUGUACGUCUGUCCGAGAGCUAUAGUUACACUCCUAUCACAUAACAAAUAUUCUAUGGGUAAAAGAAAAAAUAAUAAUAAUACGUACCAGUCUUGCAUGUGCUGUUUGUGUUGCUGUGAAUUAUUUGUCCAUGUUUGCUUCCCCUUUACGCUCCUUUUCCCGAAUGUGAGUUUACCACCUCUUCCUACCUACAGGGCGACACUGGGCAGUAGGCAACCAAAGAAGGAGAACUUCUCGAAGGGUUCUGAAAAAAAAAGAAAACAUAUAUUCUAAAAGAAGAUAUACAACAUAUAUAUAUGAAAAAAAUAAAUAUAUAUAUACAAAAAGCCUAUAUAUAUAUGAAAGAAAAUGAAUUAUAUUAUUCUGUGUAUUUAGGAGACUGAGAUACUGCCACUCAUCCUUCAUCUAGUGGUCAUUAUUGAUGUGUGCCAAUAUGUUAUAUGACAUCUUCAGGUAACCUUUGGCCUUAAAGAUGUCCUCUGGUAAUAAACUAUUAUGUGUAUUUCAGAAUAACGAUACAGAGUAGCUUCCAAUCAGUCAUUAUGUGGUCAGUCUAUAUUGUAAUGUAUGUCGUGUCAUUUGGCACUUUACUGUGGACCUAUCGGAGCAUAGGUAAAAUUUCUUAUUACUUGGGUAAUGUCAUAUAUUUCUGUGUGUUUUACAUGAGGGAAAUCUGCCUAUGGAUACAGAUGCGUACCUCCAACUGAUCAUGGCAUCCUUUGAGUUCGAUUGUAGAGUUUAAAUAUGACAAAUAUCUAGAUUUUGAAUCCUAUGCCAGACAACAAUGAAAAAAGAGUGUAAAACAUAUAUAAAAAGAGGAAAAUAAACAUAUAUGAAAAGGCAUAAUUUAUUUUAAACGUCAUUUAUCCUUGAGGCCCUACCUCAGAUUUUGUAUUUAUGUAUAGAAAUGCAAUUUGAAUCAUAGUAUCUUUGCCAAUAAUACAAUAAAAUACCAUAUUUAUCAUAAAAUGUAUAACCUCUUAAUCAAUAAAUAAAUGUUAAUGUUUUCAA